GGCUGCAGCUCGGGGUGGUUGAGAGUCACAGCCGGCGGGACGCACGAAGCAGGAUGGGCUGCAGGCACAGCCGACCCAGCCGCUGCAAGCGCGCGGAAAAGGUGGAAGAAACACAGACAGAACUCCUGGAGACACUGGACAAUGAGGGAAGGAUCCUGGAUGGAAGGCGUGAGGAAGCUGGGCAAGCCUUGCAGUCAUCAUGUGCACAGGAGAAAGACACUUGCAGUGUCUCCAUCCAAGAAGCCAAAGCCCCAUUGCAGAACUCCUGCACAAUGCCGGUCUCAUCACAGGAGGCCAUCCCGGCCCAGACGAACGAGGUGGAAGGGUCCAUCCUUAGCCGACUCUAUAAGAACCACAUCCAGGAUUAUGGGAGCCCCGGCCCAUUCUGGGAGCAAGAGCUGGAGAGUUUGCACCAUGUCAUUGAGAUGAAGAAUGAGCGGAUUCAUGAGCUGGAGAAGCAGCUGCUCCUCCUGGAGAUGUUGAAAGAAAAAAAUCUGAUAUUAGCACUGAAAAACACCACCCUGCGGCAGGAGGUUGAGGACCUACGGUUCCAAGCUGGGAACAGGUUGACCGUGACAAGGCAGUUCCGCAAAGAUCUGCUUCAGGACCUCGAAAAGGAGUCACGGAACAGCCACUGCUGCAGCAGACGGAGGAGCCACUGAGCCUCUUCCUUCUUAUGCUGCCCUCUGCUGCACCUCAGAGGCCUCUGUCCUCAUCAUACAGACACAGGGCCUGGGCCCACCAUGGCUCCCAGACUCACCACUCCCUCCAUAGUCUGUGGAGCAAAGGACAAGACUCCAUUCUUCUCCCAGGAUGGAGGAGAUGUGUAUAGGCCACAACACUAUGGUGGAGCUUGGGCCACCAGGAUCACCCAAGAAGUGCCUUCCCUUAGUUGGCCCAAGGAACAAGCAAGUAGAGUUACCCCUCCCACCCCCGUCCUCAUGAGGGCGUUCAAGACUUCUCCCGUGGCAGCUGGCGCCAUUUUGACCUUCUGACAAAGAGGGGGAAGCCCCCCCCCCAGAUCAUCAGCUUUGCUGACAACUCACUGAACCAUCAAGUUCUUAUUACCACACCCAUAAUUCUCACUCCGAGAAAAACUGUUAGAGACACCAUCCAAGAAAAAUGAAUACAGCAUUGUUUUUGUUGAGAUGGGGGGUCUCACCACCACGUAGCCUAACCUUGAACUCGGAACCACCAUGCCUCAGCCUCCUGCAUGCUGGGAACACGGGCAUGUGCCACCUCAUCCAGCCAGAUAAAGAGUUGAAUUUGCUGUAGUGCUAAGCACUGUGAAUAUUUUUAAGCAUAUUUAUCUAAGGUCUUAAUGUGAAAGUGAAAUCUUUUUUGUUAAAAAUAAAAUUAUAUUUUCAUGUUCUUUGCA